AUGGCCAUUGCUCAAACAAACCAUGAAGACCUGUUCUUCGGUCCCAGCGAGGUUCACUCAGGGCCAACCAGUCCGUCACCCGACUCGGCCAGCAUCAUGUCAUCAACAAUGGCGCCGCCCUCGAUCCGAACCAGUGCCCCCUCAGUUACAGUAGGAGCCACGUCGGUUUCCGAUUGUUGCUCUUCCGUCUUUUCACACAACACAAUGUCGCCUGCUUCGCCUAUUGCAUCACCCUGCUCCUCCAAUGGAGCUAGUAGCCUACGUGGCAGAUGGCACGAAGACAGGACACUGUACACGCGAGACGGCCCACUCGUUAGUCCGGGACUCACUGACGGGAGUUCGAUUUACGAUUCUCAAGACUCGGCCAUGUGCUUUGACGACGACUACGAAGACGGAUGCAGUUAUAGCAAGAAAUUUGUCAACCCACAGAAGCCUGGAAAUCUCUCACACGCCGCAGACAUACAUACGAGACCCGUUGAGCAUUCAAGACCUUCCUCUUCAGAAACUGGCUCACGGCCCCACACUCCUUCAUCUCCCAUGCUUCUCGGAAAGGCACGGAUUGUGGACGUUCCUCCAUAUUCUUCUGGAACUCCCAAGCAAGAAUCAUCAGCAACAGCAAAGAAUAAUAACAGCGAUGGCGAAACUAGCGCAAAUUCGAUCACAAACAAGCCAAGAGACCAGGGCAUUAUGUCAAGAGACUCUGUAGAGGUCGUCCAGCAAAAGCCAGGAGAUUCAACAUCACAGCGCCCGCCUGAGGAGCCUCUUGUGCAUGUCCCAUUUCUCACAACACCAAGCGGACGAACACUUGUUGAUGCCUCUGGAGCGCCAUCAGUGGAACUGGAAGACGAAGCCCAGCUGUUCUUUAAUGAAGACUCAAGCCGUUCAUACCCGGUCAGCAUUGGCGACGAGGCAUUCGUCUACAUUAACAAGGAGACGAUUAUUGAAGAGCGGUCUGGUAAGGCUCGUGGUUCCUCGAAGCCCUUGGAGCCCACUCUGCGCAGCUGGCUAGAUGUGCAUAGCGCAGUCCCAUCCUCGAAUCCUACGGCUUUGAGGGAUGCGAGGCAACACUUCCCGACACUACCUGUUCGAGGCAUUCGCCUUCCUCCAGAAGUGGUCGAGUCCCUCCGGGUAUCCAUAUCCUGCUUUCCUGAGACCAUGCUCCAAACCUCAAGCCUGUCCAUCGAGACAAUACGGACGUACUCCAGGAAACUGAAGUACCGAGCCGAAAUCGACCGUUUGGCCGGGCUUCAACACGAUCAAUACUCGACGUCAAACAUACACGAGACAAAAUCUGCCAAGCGCUGGCACUUCUGGCCGGGUCAGUCUCGCCGUACCAAGCCCGACCUAAGCAGUCAACCACCUCACUGUCACACUUUUCCACGAAAGUCACGCUCUAGCUCAAUCCAGUCAACCACGAGCAUUACUCAAUCUUCCCACAAUUCUACCCAACCUCCCUGCUGGGCAGUCAUCAAAGCCAUUUUCCCAGCUGCUACCGAUUACAUCUGUGACGCUCUCUACGCGCAUCUCGUCGCAUACAACUACAUCUCCUCUCUGUGUUCUCCCUCGCCAGCAUCUCCUCCCCAAUCACCAAAGCCAUCACUACGCGCGGUAUUCUCCAACCCCAACGCAACUAGCAACCUCCAUAUCGACGAACCCCCAGCCUGGGUUCCCCUAAAAGCUGCUUCCCUCCUCGGCAUGAAUGACCCGUCGACUCUAAACCUCGCCUACCAUAAGCAUUUACGCCAGCAAGGCCAAGCCAUAACACGGCCGCGAACGCGCAAAGGCCUCCUCGUACGCAGGCCUUUGACACCAGUCAGCGAGAUAUUUUCUAAUAUUUCGCCUAUUUCCUAUUCGAUUAGCAACGGUUCGACUGUAACUGGAACCGGCUGUGGCUCAGGCAGUGGGGGAAACCCAUCCAGCACAUCAGAGGACUCAGCGAUGAGGGAACUACGUCUGGGGUUGCGAAGGUGCAUUCACAUGUUGAUCGCAACCAUCAAGAAAGGUAGUCUGGGCUGUGUGAUGAGAUUAACUGAUACGGAAAUUGCGCUUGGGGGAGGUAGUGGUACAGGCUUCGUUAGUGAGACGUUGGAUAAGGAGUCCAUGUCUGUGACGAUGAGUCAGUUGGGCGAUGGGAUGGAAGAGGUAACCGUUGACCCUGCGCUUGUGAGGGCUUUGUGCGAGGUUGUGAGGUGUACAGAGGAGGGGUUUGUGGGGAGUAGUGGUCUUUGA